AUGGACGCUCUCAGAAAUGUAUUUGACAAGAGAAAGGCAGAGGGCUCAGCGACGUUGGUCACAUUCUUAACCGCCGGUUAUCCAAAUAAAGAGGAUACUGUGCCGUUGUUGCUCGCAAUGCAAAAGGGGGGGUCGGAUAUAAUUGAGCUUGGUGUACCAUUCUCAGACCCCGUAGCCGACGGGCCAGCCAUUCAAGAGAGCAACUCAAUCGCGUUGAAGCAUGAUGUCAGUUAUUUCACAGUGCUGGGGCAACUCAAAGAAGCGCGGGGCAAGGGCCUUACCGCACCGGUCAUUCUGAUGGGAUACUACAAUCCCCUCUUGGCAUACGGUGAAGACCGCGCGAUUCAGGAUGCCAAAGAGGCAGGCGCAAAUGGGUUCAUCGUGGUCGAUCUUCCUCCAGAGGAAGCUCUGCCGUUCCGAGUCAAAUGUAUCAAAUCAAACUUAUCAUAUGUUCCUCUCAUUGCCCCUUCGACAACGCUUCACCGAAUAAAAUUCCUCGUAUCGAUUGCUGAUUCAUUUGUAUAUGUCGCUUCAAAGAUGGGAACUACGGGAUCAUCAGAUGCCGUUGCAAUGAACAAAGCACUCCCAGAUAUCAUCCAGCGUGUCAGAAAAUACGGUGCCACUGUUCCUAUCGCCGUCGGUUUCGGCAUAGCCAAUCGAGGUCAUUUCGACUCCGUGGCUGAUGCCGGUGCCGACGGUGUUGUCAUCGGCAGUAGGCUGGUCACCAUCAUAAAAAAUUCUCCCGAGGGCCAGCAUAUUCAAAACGUCGAAAAUUUCUGUGCAGAGAUUUCACAGAAAGGUCAACCUGUGAAGAGGCGCUCUCCUUCUCCACCACUCCGGCCAACCUCUACCAUCAAUAGUGCAAAGAAAGUUGUCCCGGCAUCCUCUUCCUCACAACCGACCGCUCUGCCGGCUCACUUCGGAGAAUUUGGUGGCCAAUAUGUGCCGGAGGCACUCGUUGAAUGCCUUGCCGAGCUAGAAGAGGCACACAAAUCUGCCAUUGCUGAUCCGGAAUUUUGGAAAGAGUUCCAGAGUCAUUUUUCUUAUAUGAACCGUCCCUCGGAGCUCUAUCUUGCUGAGAAACUUACAGCAGAGGCAGGUGGUGCCCAUAUCUGGUUAAAACGUGAAGAUCUAAAUCACACAGGUUCACAUAACAUUAACAAUGCCAUUGGUCAGAUACUGCUGGCUCGGAGGAUAGGGAAAACUCGUAUCGUCGCCGAGACCGGCGCGGGCCAGCAUGGUCUCGCGACGGCUGCUGUCUGUGCUAAGUUUGGGAUGGAAUGUAUAGUAUACAUGGGUGCUGAAGACAUUCGAAGGCAAGCUUUCAAUGUCAUCAGGAUCGAAAUGCUAGGCGGAAAGGUGUGUCGCUCCAUCAAAGAAUUUCGACACGGCGGUGACGGUUUGUGUUUUAAGGUCAUUCCAGUCCAUUCAGGCUCAUGUACGCUAAAGGACGCUGUUAAUGAGGCUAUGAGAGACUGGGUGGCGAACCUUUCCACGACACAUUUUCUCGUGGGUUCUGCAAGUGGCCCACAUCCAUUCCCCACCAUAGUGCGCGACUUCCAAAAAGUAAUUGGAGAAGAGAUCAAAACUCAGCUCAAAGAAAAGCGCGGGAAGCUUCCUGAUGUUGUCGUGGCCUGCGUUGGAGGAGGUAGCAACGCAAUUGGAACAUUCUACGAUUUUAUUCCCGACAGGAGCGUUCGUCUCGUUGGCGUAGAGGCGGGCGGUGAAGGUACGGAUAGUGACCGCCACAGUGCUUCGCUCUCUAAGGGUGCUCCCGGAGUGCUUCACGGGGUUCGAACCUAUAUUCUACAAUCAUCCGCUGGGCAAAUCAGCAGAAGCCACUCUAUCAGUGCAGGUCUUGACUACCCGGGUGUUGGGCCCGAACAUGCUUGGUUGAAGGAUUCGCGUAGGGCUGAGUAUGUCGCCGCUACGGACGAAGAAGCCUUUAGAGGCUUCUGGGAACUUACGCAGAAGGAGGGCAUCAUACCUGCCCUCGAAUCAUCCCAUGCAAUUUGGGAGGCUGUUCGAAUUGCCAAAACGCUACCCAAGGACGCUGACCUUGUGGUGUGUUUAUCUGGUCGUGGCGACAAGGAUGUGGAACAGAUAUCUCGGAUUUUCAGCAAUGAGCAGACAAGCUAG